UUAUGUCAUCACCAACCCGGGUUUCCCUGGGCGCGGGACAGACACGGGGAAGGUUCAAGGGAACGCGAACGAACCCUCCCCGUACUUUUAUUUACUUCGUCCCCCAAGUUGAAAGACCAGCCAGUUCGUGGUCUGGAGGGUUUCACCUUCCGUUACUCCCCCUCCUCCCCAUCAUGUCCUCGGCUAUGCAACAGCGCAAGGCCGAGAUCCUUGCCAAGAGAGCCAAACUCGCCGAACUGAAGCGGCAGAGAGAGCUGCGGCAGAAGGAAUUCUCGCAAACCCGAGCUAACACCGGCGAUGCUUCUGAGGUUGUCUCCCCCGCCCCCAGCCGCGCUGAUAGUCGAGCUGAGCUCGAUGAUCUUAUCUCACGUUUGGUUGACCGCCCGGGGUCGGCUUCCAUCAGCCACGGGGCCGAUGGCCUGUCACGGAAAGGAAGCAGGCCUAAUUCAGUCCUGAGCGCUAGCCAACUCAGUGGCGACAACACGGAAGCAUUCAGUCCAACUACGCGACCGCUUUCACAGUCAAUUGCUGUUCAAACGGUCGGAACCGAGCCGUUUGUCGCGGCUCCUGAACCACAGCCCGCCCCUGAGCCCAAACCCGAAGUUGUCACAUAUAGUAAAGGAGUCCAGACGGACGACUUGAAACCAUCAGGCGCCACAGAGUCAGACGAUGAAGAGAACAAUGGCAGCAAGAGAGAUAGCGAACGCGACGAAGAAAUCCGGAGGAAGCUCCGAAAAGAGAUCGAAGAGGAGCUGCAGGCCACUCAACAGCAUGCUGACAAUGAAGCCAGCGCCGAGGCCUUGAAUAUGCGCUACCCGCUCCGUACAUUAGAUGAUGACGAAUUAAAGGCUGUCACGUCCUCUGAGGACUUUCUGGAUUUCGUUGAACGAUCAGCUAAAGUCAUCGAACGGGCACUGGACGAGGAAUACGACGUGCUGGCAGACUACGAGCUUGGAGGCGUGGAUGGUGAACUAGAAGACGACGAUGAACAUGGACGGAAGCGGCGCGGAAUCAGGGAGGUCUGCCAGUUCUGGGACGAGCGAUGGAGCAAGAAGCGUAUGAUCAGUGAUCUUAGCUUUUCGCCGAAGUUCCCCGAACUUGUUCUGGCUGCGUACACCAAGAACCCUUCUGCCCCUCAUGAACCCGAUGGUCUCGUCCAGAUCUGGAACCAACACCUUCACUCCCGACCGGAGUAUGUCUUUCAUUCUACCUCUGACAUCUUGGCCGCCAAAUUCUCUCCAUUCCACCCUAAUCUCAUUGUUGGCGGUUCCUACUCGGGGCAGGUACUGCUAUGGGAUACUCGGUCGUCGCGCGCAGGCGGUGGCGCUCCCGUUCAGAAGACGCCGUUGACUGGCUCUGGGCAUACUCACCCGGUCUACAGUAUUUCCAUCAUUGGAACACAGAAUGCCCAUAACAUUUUGACCGCAUCAACAGAUGGCGUAGUCUGUGGUUGGACGGUCGACAUGCUUUCCCAGCCUCAGGAAUACCUCGAACUAUCGACUCCCCCACCCUCGAAAACAGAAGAUCUUGCACCCACGACCAUGUCAUUCCCGCAGUCCGACCCCACAUUCUUCAUCGUUGGUACUGAGGAAGGAGGGAUUUACCCCUGCCAUCGUUACGAUAGAGCCGGUGCUAAAGCUGGUACCGACCAUCGCCUCGUGUAUCGCGGUCAUAAAGCCCCGAUCAUGUCCACUGCAUUCCAUCCCGCUCGCGGUCCAGUUGAUCUGGGCGAUCUCAUGCUUAGCUCUAGUCUGGAUUGGAGCGUGAGGCUCUGGCGCAUCCGUCCGCCGGCCACGACUGCCCCUGCAACCUCUGCCAUAGCCACAACUCAAGUCGUGGAGCCUAUCCUUGACAUUAACCGGGAGGAUGUCGUGUAUGACGCACGAUGGUCCCCACAUCGCCCUGGUGUCUUCUCUCUCGUCGAUGGUGCUGGAAACCUCGAAGUCUGGGACCUCUACACGGACACCGAAGUCCCCGUCGUGAAGACGACACCGUCCAAGGGCCGUGGAGGCAUACUGACGAGGAGUCUCAACAAGGUAGCCUGGGAAGAGCGCGAGGGCAGGCGCAUUGCAACGGGUGGGCUCGACGGUGUGGUUACUGUUUUUGAAGUCGGAAAGGGUCUCAGCGGUACUCCGGAAGACGUGCCUGCCGAUGAAUGGGCGGGCAUGAAGAAACUCGUUGGAAAGUUGGAACAGCAGGACCGGAACAACUGAUGCGCAAUCAGCUCCUUUUGCGAAAUACAAAGGAACCAAUGACCGUCUUGUGACUUCCCAGCGAACGAAGCAACAAUGUCGGUUUAUAGUCUCCUUCGCUCAAGUCUGUCCUCGCCAGCCAACAAUCCAUCGAUCCAUCCAUCCGAGGUGCUUUAGUCUUCUUCCCGAUCUGUAACACAUUUUGAGCGGCGCCGCUGUUUAGUUUAUCAUAUACCCCGAGGCACCUCGUUGAUGUAUCUAUAUUUGUUCCAAGCUAGAGAAACGAAAUGGGUUCGAAUAUUUCAGAGCCAGCCAACAUUUGUACAUACUACCUGCUCAACCGCAAUAGUCCCUUUAAUGGAA